AGUUGAGACAAAAGUUGGUGCCGGAUGAGAGGGUGCAGAAGGAGAGUGCAGAGGGGGACCCUACCGUGUGUUAACUGAGGAGAAGACACAGAAACCCGAAUGGAAAGAAAUUAGAAGGCUACCAGGAUCAAUCAAAACGUGGGAAAACACCACCGUAAUAUUUAUCCAGAGACGUAAUUGAUAAACACAGAUCCACGUGCUGGAAGUGAAAUGAAGGGCUAUAUUGUAAUAGUGCUUCUCUGUGCAUCAUCUGUGGAGUGCCAGCAAAGAGGCCUCUUCCCUGCCAUCCUCAACUUGGCCAGCAAUGCUGAGAUCUCCACCAACGCCACCUGCGGUGAACCUGAGCCUGAGAUGUACUGUAAGCUGGUGGAGCAUGUGCCACGACACCGGAUCCGGAACCCGCAGUGCCGGACCUGUGACAGCCAAAGUGCCAAUCUAAAAGAACGACACCCCAUCACCAAUGCAAUCGACGGAACCAACCAAUGGUGGCAGAGCCCCAGCAUCAAGAAUGGUCGUCAGUUCCACUGGGUGACCAUCACUCUGGACUUACGACAGGUUUUCCAGGUGGCCUACUUCAUCAUCAAGGCGGCCAACUCGCCUCGGCCCGGAAACUGGAUCCUGGAACGUUCUCUGGACGGGGUAGAGUACCAGCCCUGGCAAUACUAUGCCAUCAGCGACACAGAGUGCUUGUCCCGCUACAACAUCACACCUCGUCUGGGACCCCCCACCUACAAGAGAGACGACGAGGUCAUCUGCACCUCCUAUUAUUCACGCCUUGUCCCUCUGGAGCAUGGAGAGAUCCACACCUCCCUAAUCAACGGUAGGCCGAGCGCAGACGACCUGACCCCUGAGCUGCUGGAGUUCACCUCCGCCCGCUACAUUCGUCUGCGCCUGCAGAGGAUCCGCACGCUCAACGCCGACCUCAUGACCCUCAGCUACCGCGACCCGAAGGAGGUGGACCCCAUCGUCACGCGUCGGUACUACUACUCCAUCAAGGACAUCUCGGUGGGUGGCAUGUGCAUCUGUUACGGCCACGCUCAGAGCUGCCCCUGGGACCCCGUCACCAAGAAGCUCCAGUGUGUGUGCGAGCACAAUACGUGUGGGGAAAGCUGUAAUGAGUGUUGCCCCGGAUACCAUCAGCAACCGUGGCAACCUGGAACGCUGUCUGAAGGCAACACUUGCGAGAAAUGUAACUGCCACAACAAAGCAGAAGACUGCUACUACAACCAGACGGUGGCUGACAGCAAGAUGAGCAUGAACACGCUCGGGCAGUUUGUAGGCGGGGGCGUUUGUCUGAACUGCUCUCAAAACACCGGCGGGGUGAACUGCGAGACCUGCGCUGACAGCUUCUACCGGCCUCACAAGAUGUCCCCAUACGAUGAGUUCCCGUGUGUCGAGUGCUUGUGCGAUCCCAACGGGUCUCUGACUCCCAACUGCAUCAAGGACGACAACCACGCCAAUCCCGAGAAAGGUUUGCUCGCUGGCCAGUGUCCGUGUAAGGAGGGCUUCGCGGGCGAGCGCUGCGACCGCUGCGCCUUUGGAUACAGGGACUUCCCCUUGUGCACGCGCUGCAACUGCAGCCUGGACGGCAGCGUCAACGUGGACCCGUGCGCCGCCUGCGUGUGCAAGGAGAAUGUCAUGGGAGGGGACUGCGACCUCUGCAAACAGGGGUUUUACAACCUGCAGGGGAGCAACCCAGAGGGAUGCACUGAGUGCUUCUGUUUCGGGGUGUCUGAUGUCUGCGAGAGCACUCUGUGGUCCACCGUUCAGGUGGUCGCCACGGAUGGCUGGCUGCUUCCCGCACCUCAGACUGACUCCAUUUACUCUCCUCCCGUAAUCGACGAGGACAACCACAUCACCCUCGUCAACGUCACAGGAAGCAGAACCUCCCACUUCCUGUCCUCCUGGGCUGCUCCUGAGCGCUUUUUGGGGAAUAAGCUGGCAUCGUACGGAGGCUUUCUGAGCUACGCCGUGUCGUACGACAUUUCUGUGGAGAACGUAGACAAGUCUCUGCCCUCUCGCUUUGAUGUCGUUAUUGAGGGGAACGGGAGGGCCCUGCGGCAGGUAGCCCCUCAGCUGCUCCUGCUGACUCCCCUUAAAGAGCAGCGCGUUGCCGUGGAGCUGGUGCCGCGGAACUUCGUGGACCUCCGCACGGGCCGAGAGGUGGACCGGGACGAGCUGAUGACCAUUCUCGCCAAUGUGGGCAGGCUUCUGGUCCGAGCGCACUUCAACACCAGCUCUGAGGGCCCUCUGAGGCUUAAAAUUGUUUCUUUGGACAUGGCAGACCCCAACGCCGCCACCCCCAAACAUGCCCUAGGUGUCGAGCAAUGCGAAUGCCCCUGGGGCUAUUCUGGGACGUCCUGUGAGGAUUGUGUCUCCGGAUUUUAUCGUGUUGGCGGGAUUCUGUUCGGCGGGAAUUGUCUCCAGUGUGAAUGCAAUGACCACGCCUCCGAGUGCGACGCCAACGGAGUCUGUCGGGACUGUACGCACAACACCACCGGGGCUCACUGUGACCAAUGUCUGCCUGGUUUCUAUGGAGACCCAACGGAGGGCACGCCAGAGGACUGCCAGAGAUGUGCCUGCCCACUGACUGUGGAGUCUAACAAUUUCAGUCCCACCUGCCAUCUGAACGGCCCAGGAGAAGUGAUAUGCGACCAGUGCCAGCGAGGAUACACAGGCGCCUGGUGUGACAGGUGUGCUAAUGGGUAUUACGGAGACCCCACGGUGGCCGGUCAGGGCUGCGCUCUGUGCGAGUGCAGCGGCAACGUGGACCCACUGCAGCCAGGCCACUGCGACCCGCGGACUGGGGAGUGCCUGAUGUGCACCGGGCACACGGCCGGCCGCCACUGCCAGAGGUGCCAGGACGGGUACUUCGGCGACGCCGUCGUCGCCAAGGACUGCCAGGCUUGCGGUUGCCAUGGGAACGGUUCCUACUCCACAAUCUGUAACGUGACAACAGGGCAUUGUGAAUGCAAACCCAACGUUGUGGGAGAAAAAUGCGACCAGUGCCAGGCAGGGUACCACGGCCUGCUCACUGGGACAGGGUGCGUGGCCUGCAACUGCAGCCAGGCGGGGUCCCUGUCGGCGGAGUGCGACGAGGAGGGACGGUGUGGCUGCGUGCCGGGGGUGACCGGGGACAAGUGCGACCGCUGCCAGCACGGCUACUACGACUUCCAGGACAACGGCUGCACGGCGUGCGACUGCGCCCACACCCACGACAACUGCGACUCGGAGACGGGCGAGUGCAUCUGCCCCCCUCACACCAGGGGGCAGAAGUGUGAGCUCUGCGAGGAGGACCACUGGGGACACGACACAGUUACGGGGUGCAAGCCCUGUGACUGCAGCACGGCCGGCUCCUCCCUCACCCGGUGUGACCUCCUCAGCGGCCAGUGCCAGUGCAACCCCGAGUUCACCGGCCAGAAGUGCGACAGCUGUGCCAUGGGCUACAGGGCCUUCCCAGAAUGCACUUCCUGCAACUGCAACGUCAACGGCACGCGGGAGGAGUUCUGCGAUGAGAAGCUGGGAGUGUGCGGCUGUGAGGACAACUGCGUUUGCAAGGACAACGUGGGUGGACCUGGCUGUGACGAGUGCAGGAGGGGGACUUUCGGCCUGGCGUCUCACAACCCGGCGGGGUGCAGCCCCUGCUUCUGUUUUGGGGUGUCCACGGACUGCGAGGAGCUGGGGGGCCUGGUCAGAGCUGAAAUCACGGUGGGUGAGGAGCUGGAGCCCUUGCGGGUGGUCAGCCAAAGCAACCUGACGGGCACGCUGGACGGGGUCUUCCUGCACGACUCGGACGUGCUGCUGGACGCCAGCCUGGUGCACAGCUCCUCGCUGGCCGGACCCUACUACUGGAGGCUGCCUGCCAAGUUCCAGGGCAACAAGCUGCUGUCGUACGGGGGGAGGCUCAGGUACGCCGUUGCCUUCUUCGCCCUGGACGGUUCCGGCCUGGUCAAUUUCGAGCCGCAGGUGCUCAUCCGAGGGGGUCACCUGAGAAAGCUGGUGAUCUACCUGGACAUGCCUACGCCGGAAAAUGGGGUGAAGACCACCCAGGAGGUCCCACUGAUUGAGCACAAGUGGAAGUAUUUCAAUUCGGUGUCGGACCAAGCCGUCAGUCACUCGGAUUUCAUGUCCGUCCUGAGCAGCGUCGAGUACGUGAUCGUCAAGGCCUCGUACGGCAGCGGCAUGCAGCAGAGCCGGAUCUCCAACGUCUCCCUGGACACGGCGGUGGAGGCGGAGGAGGGGCCGGCGGGGGCGGAGCAGGCCCGCUUCGUGGAGAUUUGCGAGUGCCCCUCGGGAUACGCGGGCUUGUCCUGCCAGGAGUGUGCCCCUGGUUAUCACAGAAAGCCAUUGUCUGAGCUGAAUCCCAGAGGCCCACGGCCCCUGAUCCAGCCCUGUGUGCCCUGCCAAUGCAACAACCACAGCCUGGCCUGCGACCUGGACACUGGAAAAUGCCAGGGCUGUCAACACAACACAGUGGGGGAUCACUGCAACCUGUGUGCCCCGGGGUAUUAUGGGAAGGUGGAGGGGUCUAUCAGUGACUGCUCCCUCUGCGCCUGUCCUCAUGGCAACAAAAAGAGCUUCAGUCCCUCUUGUGUACUGGAGGGCCAAGAUGACUACCGCUGCGAUGCCUGCCAGCCUGGCUAUGAGGGACAGCAUUGUGAGAGGUGCUCGGUGGGUUACUAUGGAAACCCGACGGAGCCUGACGGCCAGUGCCAGCCGUGUCGAUGCAGCUCCACCGGGUCCCUGCACCUCCGCUGCGACACCCUGACGGGGCAGUGCCAGUGCAAGGCGGGCGUGCGGGGGCACCUGUGUGAGGAGUGUGAGGAAAGGCACGUCCUGUCGGGAGACCAGUGCAUCUCCUGCAAUGAUGAGUGCACAGGGGUGCUGUUGGACAGCCUGGAUGAUUUGGAGAAGUCUGCCAACUCCUUCAACUUCACAGGGGUCAUCUUAGCCCCAUACAGUCUGCUGGUGUCCCUGGAGAAUACCACCCAGGAGGUCAAGGCAUUGCUGUCCCCGGAGAUGAGCCCGAGCUAUUUGCUGAGUAGAGCAGAGGAGCAGCUGGAAAAUGUUUCCAAAGACAUCGAUCGCCUGCAACAAAAGACGACCCAAAUGCAUGCAGAUGCUGAAGAUUUGUCCCAGUCAUCCGAGCGGAGGCUAACACAGGGAGAAAAGCUACUGCAACUCAUCGCCAAGGUCCAGGCAGCCACACAUGCCCUGGAGGAGGCCUCCAGAAGCCUGAAUGACACCCUGGGAGACGAACUGGACGAGAACAACGGCACCCAGCUGGCAGAGCAGGUGCUGGACACGCUGGAGACCAUGCGGGGCAUGGAGCUCUCCUACUGGAACGCCACCGCCUCUGACGAGCUCAGUGCUGCAUUAGCCAUCCUCCAGCAGGUCCUGAAGGACUACCACGAGCCCCAGCAGCCUGCCAGAGAUCUGGCCCAGACCAUCGGCACCGUGCUCUCUGAGCGGUCCCUCCAGCUGCAGGAUGCCCAGGCCCUUCUGACCACCGCCAGUGCCAACAACAACCGUACGGCACAGCUGCUGCAGACCGCCUCCAGCAACCUCAAGGACUUCCAUGACCUAAGAGGGAAUGUGAGCCAGCUGAGCCAGGAGGCCACAGCUGAUCUGGAUGAAGCUCAGGACGCCCUGGCCGAUGCUGUCAACAUGGUGGAGGAUUUGGUUAACGUCACUUCCCAGCUGGAGGAUGCGCGGGACGAGCUGGAGCUGUGGAACCCGGCUCUGAGGAAGCAGGUGGACACGCUGGUGAUGCAGAUGAAGAUGAAGGACGUCCUGGAGCUGGUGUACAGUGCCGAGGACCACGCGGAGGAGCUGAGCGCCGAGGCCCGCUCCCUGCAGAGCUCUCUCUCCGACGUGCGGAACGUCUCUGUGAACGCCACCAGCGCCGUGCAGGCCAACUCCAACAUCAGGUCCGACAUCCAGGAGGCGGAGAGCAGGGCACAGGCCGCCAACGCCACGGCCGCAGCUGCCUUCAACCUGACGAUGCUGUCAGAUGGUUCUGUGAGCGACCUGGGUAUUCGGGUUCUGCGGCGAAGCACGGAAAUCCUGGAGGAGAGUGUGGCGCUGAACAACGAAACUGUUGGCCUUAUGGCGAACAUGAGUGCGGUAAAAGAGCGGCUGAACUCCACCAGAGAGAACGUCUCCAACAUCAGCAGGCGCUUUGCUGAGACCUCGGCCAUCCUCUGGAGCAUGCCAAACGGCACCGGAGAGAAGGUUCUGGAGGCUAAGGAGCAGACGGCCGCGGUCAACGCCUCCCUCCUGUCAGCCCUGCAGCGACUGGAGGACAUCAACCAGAGGCUGGAGGAGUCAUCUUUAGCCAUGGACCGGGCGAAUGCCAGUGUGAGGAAUGCCAAUGAGCUGGUCAACUCCUCAGAGGAGACGGCGAGCGCCGCCGAGUCGAAGCUGCGGGAGGCGGAGACGCGAGCCGAGCGCCUGUUUGACCGCCUCAAGCCCCUGAAGACCCUGGGGGAGCACCUGAGCAGGAACCUGUCCGAGAUCAAGGAGCUGAUCAACCAGGCCCGCAAGCAGGCCGCCUCGAUUAAAGUGGCGGUGUCAGCAGAGGGAGACUGUGUAAGAGUCUACCGGCCCGAGGUGACCUCCAGUAACUACAACACCCUGACACUGACAGUGAAGACCAGCGAGCCAGACAACCUCCUGUUCUAUAUGGGCAGCAGCUCCAGUGUGGACUUCAUGGCACUGGAGAUGCGUCGUGGGAAGGUGGCAUUCCUGUGGGACGCGGGCUCUGGGCACGCUAAGCUGGAGUACCCCGAUAUCCAGAUCGACAACAACAAGUGGCAUCGCAUCCAUGCCACCAGGUUUGGAAAGCAAGGCUCUCUGACAGUGCAGGAGCUGAAGUCAGAUGAGAACCCAGUGGUGAAGACCACAUCGCCUGGAUCUGCCACAGUGCUGGACGUGAGCAAGUCCACACUGGUCUUCGUGGGGGGCCUGGGCGGCCAGAUAAAGAAAUCUGCAGCCGUGAAGAUGACGCAGUUCAAGGGCUGCAUGGGGGAGGCUUCGCUCAAUGGAAAGGACAUCGGCCUGUGGAACUACAUAGAGAGAGAGGGGAAAUGUGGAGGCUGUUUCAUGAGUCCACAGGCAGAGGAAACCGCUUUCCACUUUGACGGGAGCGGAUACUCUGUGGUUGAGAAGCCCCUCCGCUCCACGGCCACCCACAUCGUCAUGCUGUUCAAGACCUUCUCACCCAAUGGCCUACUGCUGUACCUGGCCUCCAAUGGCACGAGAGACUUCUUGUCCAUUGAACUGGUGGAAGGGAAAGUGCGGCUCACCUUCGAACUGGGAUCAGGACCGCUCACGCUCACCACUACAAAAGCCUACAACACAGGCAACUGGUAUAAAAUCGCUCUACAGAGGAACAAGCGCAAAGGUUACUUGUCAGUGAUGGCCGCCUAUGCCCCGUCAGAGAGAGAGACUGUGGAGGGCGAAUCUCCUGGAAUAGCCUCUGACCUAAACCGCUCCGACCGAGACCCCAUUUACAUCGGCGGGCUUCCCAGCUCUAGACCAAUCAGGAGGCAGGUUGUUGCUCGUUCCUAUGUUGGCUGCAUUAAAAACAUGGAGAUUGCUCGCACAAACUUUGACCUGCUGAGAGAUGCAUAUGGGGUCAGAAAAGGCUGCGUUCUACAGCCAAUACGCAGUGUGACGAUCUUGAACGAGGGCUUCCUGGAGCUGCCUCCCAUGACACUGGGCCCCCAGAGUGAGCUCAUGGCCACCUUCUCCACCCGUAACGACACGGGCAUCAUCCUGGCCGGCUUCAACAAGGCGGGAGGCCGCAAACGGAGGCAGACGCGACAGCCCUUCCUAGCAGUCAUGCUGGUGCAUGGUCAGUUGGAGGUGCAUCUGAAUGUAGCAGAGGGUGGGAGCGUUCACAAGGUUGUGGUCAGAUCUGAUGCUGGUGCAUUCAAUGAUGGACAGGACCACUCGGUCAUCCUCCAGAGGAACAAGAGAACAGUGACUGUGCUGGUGGAUGAAGGACAUCAGGGCACAGUGAAGCUUGGCACAGCCUCUGAGAAGAUCUCCCUGAUCCUGUCAAGACUUUACAUGGGAGGGGUCCCACCCGGAGAGGGCACCGAUCUGCUGAAGACCACCGUCUCGUUCUAUGGCUGCAUCAAGGACAUAGCUGUCAACACAGAGCUGCUGGACUUGUCCAGUGCUCUGCGGUACCAGAACGUGGACAUGGACAGCUGUCUGUUGGAGGAGAGGCCCAAGCGCGUGGUUCUGCCAGAUGAUGGUGACUUGGAAUCCGAGCCCACCCCUAAUCCUGUCCAGCCACCCGUGGUGGCUCCAACGGAGCAAAGCACCCUCCCUCUGGUACCUGCCACAUGUGGAGCGGCAGACCAGACAGGAACUAUCCCAGAGGCCCACCAGUUUGGCCUCUCCAGGCACAGUCACAUGAUUCUUAACUUUGGUCACCAAACAGUCAGGAAGAGCUUCUCCAUCCAGCUCUCAGUGCGUACCUUCGCACCCAGCGGCCUGCUCUUCUACAUGGCCAACCCCAACCAGGUGGACUACGCCACUGUGCAGCUUCUGGGCGGCCGCGUCUUCUUCACCUGCGACCUGGGCAAGAGCUCCGCCACCGCCACGCUCCCCAACCCCAUCAACGAUGGCCAAUGGCACACGGUUAAGGCGGACUUUGGGAAAAAGAGCGUGAUGGUUAGCGUGGACGGCCAGGCGUCUGCCCCAGCGCAGGCGAAGGGAAAGGCCAGCACGUUGGACGUGGAGGGAAAACUCUACCUGGGAGGCCUGCCCCAGGAUUACAUGGCCAAAAAUAUAGGAAACGUGACGCACAGCCUGGCUGGCUGCGUGAGAAACGUGGUGCUGAACAAAGCGUCGCUGGACACACAGCGCCCCGCGUCGGCCUACGCCACCUCGCUCUGCUUUACCGAGGCCCAGGACGGCACCUUCUUCAACGGGACAGGAUACGCAGCGUUCGUGAAAGAGGGGUACAAAGUUGGCUCGGACGUGGCAGUGGGCCUGGAGUUCCGCACCACAGAGCAGAGCGGGGUUCUGCUCGGGGUCAGCAGUGCCAAGGUUGACGCCAUUGGGCUGGAGUUGGUCAACGGACAGGUCGUCUUCCACGUGAACAACGGGGCCGGGCGGAUCUCCGCCACCUACACGCCCAGGGGGGCGGUGCCGCUGUGCGACGGCCGCUGGCACAGUCUGCUGGCCAACAAGAACAAGUACGGACUGAGCCUGACGGUGGACGGGGCCAUGGUGCACACGGACAACCCGCACUCCCAGUCCACCUCCGCCGACACCAACGACCCCGUCUACGUGGGAGGCUACCCCGGCGACGUGAAACAGAACUGCCUGACGACCGACGCGCCGUUCCGAGGAUGCAUGCGUAAAUUCCGUCUCAUCAAGGGUCACCAGGCCGAGGCCCACGACUUCAGCUCGGCUUUCCUCCUCCAAGGAGUCUUCCCUCAUUCCUGCCCAGGGAGGACACUCUAACACUGCCCAGGAGCUCCCUAGCCUUUUCCUUUGUAAUCUUUGUAAAGAAAUGACUUUUUAAGAAAAGCAAGUAUUUUUUAAUUUGUACUUUUUUUAUGACUCUGAUGAAUGUUAAUUUGUAUGCAUUUCGAAACUCAUGCCUUGGUUGAUAGAAUUCAUUUUAUGCAUUCAUGUGGAAUGUCCUAGAAUAUUUGUUAAUAAAAUGCAAUUAAAUUAUG